AUGUUAGACAACCUCCUCACUCUGUUGGUGAAGGUUCAUUCGCGUCUCUACUGGAAUAAACUGAUCAGCAGCCUAGAUUCCUCCGUUGCGCAGUCGAGUGCACAGGAUUCAGCCUUUGUGAAUCUCUCCACCCAACUGGAUCCACAGCUCCUGGCGGCAGCCGAAGCCGCCGGUCUCACCUCGGUCUUCUCGGCCCGCUGCAUGGCCAUCCUAAAUGACACUAAUGCCAACAACACAGCCAUGGGCGAGGUCAUGCGUGGUGCAAUGGAGAACAAGUUUGGCGAUGGCUCUUUCUGGGUAGCACGUCUGCUUGACAGGAUUAUCGAAGUGUCUCCUGCCUGCAAAGCCAGUCUCAAGGCCUUUCUGGAGCGUGCAAAGAAUCCCUUCGGCACUGCACCACAUAUUGGUGGCGAUCCAAAGGCGGCUGAUAAAGAAAAGGACGAGGGUAGGGUUGUGGAAAAAACAACUGUGCUCGACACCGUUCAUCACCUUCCUCAUCUUUUGUCCUUACUGCUGUCUUCCAUCGAGCAUCUAGCUCAAGUCCUCGGACAUACCGCCAGGUGUCAAAAGCGCCUUAAGCAUGUUUUUUUUACCAACUCAGUCGUACGCUUCUUCUUCGUCGAUGAAACGGGCGAUGGCGAUGUUGGGUGUUUCUGCUGUGUCGCUGCGUCUAAGCUGAAAACCCAAUGCACCAUGAUUCCUGGUGUUCACAGCAGCGCGGCCUCGCGAGCUAAGCGGAAAAUGAUGGCUUCAGAACGCCGGAAGCGCUUGCUGGAUCAAAUGGCUUCAAAGCAGCGGGCAUUCGCCUCCAACUUCCUCAAGGAUGUUGAUUUAGGUGAGUUGGCUCCCUCUUAUCCCCCUGGUUAUGUGUAUGCUGGUGUGUGUGUGUCAAGGGGCCAGGUCGUGUUGUGGCGCGCGCAGACGGGUUUGCCGGAACCUUCAGCCAAUGCGCCCAUCCCACUCCAGGCGACCGUUCAACUAGGCGGUGGUCUGUUGCUGGCGGUGAGGGAGAGAGUAAGGCCGACCCUCAGCACAUUUAUUUCGUCAUUAAAACAAUCUGAUGUGCUUGAAGCUAUCGCCGUGCGCUAA